CCUACAGCGAUGUACCAAAUUAUAGGUAACCCAUCUUUGCCUAGAUACCGUACCUUGUGAAGGCAAAGGGAGGAGACGAGGCGCUUUCGGCGAAUUUAUCUUUAGAUAGCCUCAUUACGCGAUCGUAGGAUCAUAGUUCUUUGAAAGAUGGGAGGGACCAUGGCGUCAGAUCAUAUCAACAGCCCUCCCCGAAGACCGAUAAAACGACUCCUCAUCGCAAAUAGAGGCGAAGUAGCAAAACGUAUUAUUGAUUGUGCACGAGAAUUGGCAAUUGAGACCUUCGCCCUGACUACAUCCGGUGAUACCAGUCACGCAUUGGGCGCUGCUCACGUUUUCCCAAUUGCUUCAUCGGCGAGCUACACGGACACAACUACUCUGAUAGAUUUCGUGAAGCACCAUAAAAUUGAUGCUGUUCACCCAGGAUAUGGCUUCUUGUCCGAGUCGGCGGAUUUUGCGCAGCGCAUGUGGACUGAAGCUGGAGCUCUUGUGGUGGGUCCAGGUUGGGAUAUCCUCCUUAAGACGGGUGAUAAGCUUGCUGGGAAGUUGCUAGCCCAACAAUGCGGUGUUCCUACACUCCCGGCAACGGACAUACCGUCCGGAGGGGAGGAAGACAUUCGGCAGUUUGUUAGAAAAGCUGGCUUACCAGUUAUGCUCAAGGCCGUUGACGGCGGCGGUGGGAAGGGUAUCCGACUUGUGCGUCGGGAAUCGGAUCUCGAGAGCGCCGCGAAACGCGCAAUCGCUGAAAGCCCUUCUCAUCGAAUAUUUGUCGAAAAGGCUGCAGUAGAUGGCUUUCGGCAUAUUGAGGUUCAGAUCAUUGGUGAUGGCUCUGGCCAAGUGCGCCAUCUCUGGGAACGUGAGUGUAGCAUCCAAAGACGAUACCAGAAAAUGAUAGAACAAGCACCCAGCACUAUCCAAGACCGCGAGUUCGUCGGGAGAAUAAUUGAGGCGGCGAUGAGAAUGGCGCGGCGCAUCAAGUACCUCUCUCUUGGCACUUUCGAAUUUCUCGUGAAUACGGACCAAGGCAAGUUUUUCUUCCUGGAGGUGAAUCCACGACUUCAAGUGGAGCAUACAGUCACGGAAUGUAUCGCACUCGUCGAUCUAGUAAAGAUACAGUUGGAAAUAGCGCAAGGAGCAAGUUUCGCAGAUACUGAGCUGAAGAAGGUGUCAUCGGACGUUAUGCAUGUGCCGAAGCUGCUCUCUAUUCAACUACGGCUUACAGCUGAAAACGUUCAGAGAGACUGGACAUUGAGCACUGGUAAAGUGGAGGCUUUCUCCUUACCCACUGGUCACGGCGUGAGAGUUGACACUCAUCUCAGUCAUCUCCAGACCGUGACCGUUGGGGCUGACUUUGACAGCCUGCUUGCUAAGAUCGUUGUUACGGGGGGAAGCCGAGACGUUGUCGUAUCCAGAUGCAGACGAGCACUCGAAGAUACUCGUUUUGAAGGAGUGAAAACGAAUUUAGAUAUUUUACGUGCGGUAGUAUCACAUGGAGACUUUGUACAUUCACUUUGCGAUACCUCCUGGUUCGAGAGACGCAUGAGCGACCUGAUCAUGUCUGGGUCAAAAAUCUCCCGCAACAUUAUCAAUAAAGAGGAAGAGGCGUCGCGGUCUAUCGAAGGUGAGCGACAGCCUUCGGCAUCACUCGACAGUAGCAUAAGAUCGACGAUAAUGCUGCGCAAAGGUGACGCAUGGGCCCUCAAACUCUCAUCUCUUGGUUCAACUGAGGAAGCGCAUCACAUUAAGCUCACACGGGUAGUUCGCAAUGAGUUCCCUUCAUCAUUUAAGGCCGACAUCGAGUACUCGCAUCCAACUUCCCCCCUUCCCCAAACCUUUACGCUGGAUGCAAUCAGCAGUAAUGCAUCAUCCGCCUCAGUCGUAGCAGCAGGCAAACAUCGACAGGGAGACGUCAACAAUCCACUUCAUGUGGUAGUGCCGUUUCCUGGAAAGCUGGUCGAGCUGAGUGUUGACGAAGGAGAUGAGGUCCAUCAGGGACAGGUUAUCUGCGUCGUGCAGCAAAUGAAAAUGGAACUUGAGAUCCGAGCCAGAAUAGGAGGCAGAGUCAAAUGGGUUACGGAUGCGCAAGAUGGAGAAGAUAUCGCUGAAGGCACUCUCGCGGCUGAAUUGGACGACGCAUAUAAUGAAGACAAGACGAAGUCAUUACUGUGAUAUAUGGGCCAGUCAAGAAUAGGACUGCUAGUGGAGAGAAUCUAACUAGCAUUACCUAGGUGAAGACGUGAGACACCCAACCCAGCAUAGCGCAAGACUUUCAGCACAAAAUUCAAAGAUAGUUCUGGACCAAUCUACGGUAAGUUCUAGUUCGUAUACAAUAUAGCUAUUUGUUUCUAUUCUGCCCAAACAGUUUCGUUGUUUGCCAAUGUUUCCAUUGUAUAUAACCUUAUAAUGAAGCACAAUACAAAGCCAUUGUGACUUUUGGCUAUAUAUUCCUC